UGCAAGGGUUUUUGCUUCUCGAUCUUCCACCGCUCAAAGGGUUUGAAACAUCAGCGAGUGAUGUGGAUAAAUCCGCUGAUUAAAAGGUUGGCGCCUUUUCCCCCAACAGCUUCGCAAAUCCUUCAGAAGAGGAAUUUCAACUCAGAAAUAUUCAUCAGCAGACUAUCAUUUUACACUACUGAACAGGAUCUUAAGAGGUUAUUUUCAAGAUUUGGCAGUAUUAAGCAAGUUAGGUUAAUUAGGGAUGGGAAGACCCAGAGGGUUAAAGGAUUUGCUUUCAUUGAUUACUCGUCGGAAGACGAAGCUCGGAAAGCAGUGAAAGUUAUGGAUGGAAGGAUUCUUGAUGGAAGAUUGAUAUUUGUGGAGAUUGCAGAUCCUAGAUCUGCAGAGAAUAUCCCGUAAAGUUACUUCUGUUGGUGCAUUAUUCUUUCCUUUCAGUACAAAUGAUUGCUCAUCCGUUAGGAAAUGAUUGCUCAUCCGUUAGGUCUUAUUGUAAUUGGAGUGGAUUGUUUGAUACUAAAUGGGAGAUAACGAACCUGACAGUCACAUUGGACAGGUUGAGAUAUUAUUGUAAUUUUAUUAUUUUUGUACAAUAUUUGGCUGUUUAAUGCAGCCAAAGUCCUAUAAUGUCAACUUACUACCGGUAUAUUAUUUGCCUGCAUAGAACUUACAUGAGAAUCUGGUGUUCUGCUUCA